UCAUGUACAUCACAGCAGAGCCUGAGCACAACAAUCUAGUCCGCAGGAAUAAAAUACGCAUUAAUGUAAGAGUCCGGAAGGUCAGAAAGGGGGUAUAAGACGUCCGUCGCCCAUCGCACAUUGUCGUUCCUUCCUUCCUUCCAUCCAUCCGUCCGUCCGCGAGUGCACAACCUCUACGUGUAGGCACCUCACUUCCUCCACCUCUUAGCAAAACUCCAAGCGCUCCCUCCCCUUCCCCUCAUCCUCACACCCUUCGCCUGUCUGUUCCCCGCUCCUCGCAGGACGUGUGCAUUCAGGCUCCGCUUUUGCAUGCCCGACGGCUGGGACCCACCUGCAGCUAAGACCUUUGACGGGCUUGGCCUGGCAGCGAGGGCAAGUGCAAGGACAGGCGUAGGCUCCACAGGCUCAACGACUUCCUCAUCAUCAUCUCCCGCAUCCUCCUCAGGCUCAGCCCCCACAGCAAGCGCAUCAUACGCCCUCACAGCCAUACAUCCCCCAUACGUCCCGCCCGAGCCAGUGAAUAACGCCCUAAGAAGGCAGGCGUUCUCCUCUGGCCCGGAGGUGCACUUCGCCCACUGAGGGAGGCGGACGCUAAGCACUUGAUCCCCGUCCGUUGACCCCAGCUGCAGGAUGGAGAACCCGAGGUCUAGCCAUCCCUCGCCCGUACCCGUCGGGUCCCACUGGGUAGUCCACACCGACCCCCGCCCGCGCCAUACAAAGUCCACCGAGCCGUUCCUCGCUACCAUUGGCAGACCCGCUCCUGCAGCCUGGGCGAGAGAGUGGGGGAUGUCUACCGGCUCUCCGGAGGGGAGGGUACCGCAUCCGUUUCCUGUAAUGGUGUUGGGAAACUUGAAGCUGACAACGCUGGUUGGAGUAAGGGAGAACCCCGGGGAAGUGAGGUUGUUCGCUCCGAGGAUGGAGGGUAUGUACCCC